AUGGUCAAGCGCACGAAGCUCAGCUCACCGCCAUUCCCUCAACCCUCAAGAUAAUCGAGCUCACCCAUAGACAAUGUCGCCCAGCAUAGCCAUGCCUCGUCUGCCAACAGACGAAGCUUCGCGCUCCAUUCUGGCCGACAAGCUGCGCUCAGCAGCUCUCAGCGAUGGCCCCUCGUCAGCGUCAGCGUCAGCCUCCUCCUCCUCCUCACCUUCAGCCCCGGUCCCGGCACCACUGACCGAUGGUGGCAAUGUGAUGCCGACAUCUUCGCCCAGCGAGGAAGCUCAGACUGUCACUGUCUCAGACGUUAAUCGUGCUCCGCCACCGCCGCCUAUUGCAACAUCAUCAGCCGCGCCAGCAAAGGAGACGGCACCCCAGCCACAGCCACCCCUCCCGUACCACGAACCACCCAAGCCUCUCAACCCUCAAGAGCUCAUGUUUGCCACACCGACAAAACGAAUCGUUAGCCCGGCUUCGCUCAAGAGGUUCCAGAACUCAGAGGCCUUCAGUGAGAUUCUGGGACUGACACAGGCGCUCAAUGAGAGCGUCAAGGGCAAGAAGCUCACAGAUGAGGUGCACGAAAGCGAGGUGAUCAAGUCCAUCCUUGCCGUGCUCUCCACCAUCUCGUCCCUGGUGAACGAAACCCCAGCCGUGGAGAAUGCAGCCUCUCGCUUUGGAAAUCCUGCAUUCCGAGACUUGUACCAGAAGAUCAAGGCGCAGCUGAGGUCACUGCACGAGUCGAUACCGGGACUCAAGGCGAUGAAGAGUAACGGAGGGCAAGGCGUAGAUGCUGUUGAUGAAGUCGCGGUAUACUUUCAGGAAUGCUGGGGCAAUGAAGAGAGGAUUGACUAUGGUAGUGGAAUGGAGCUCAACUUCUUGUGCUGGCUUCUCUGCCUCGUGAAAGUAGGUCUCAUCGAUCUCUCCCGCGAUGGUCCAGCCCUAGUGCUCCGCGUCUUCUGGUCCUACAUCCAAGUCAUGCGUAAGAUCCAAUCUACCUACUGGCUCGAGCCCGCCGGCUCCCACGGCGUCUGGGGUCUGGACGACUACCACUUCCUUCCCUUUGUCUUUGGUUCAGCCCAACUAGUCCCACAUCGUCACCUUCGUCCCAAGUCCAUCCAUGAUGCAGAAAUUACCAGCGAAUUCAGCAAGCACUACAUGUACUUUGCCUGCAUCGAAUUCAUAAAUUCGAUCAAGACGGCUAGUCUUAGGUGGCACUCCCCCAUGCUAGAUGAUAUCAGCUCGGUCAAGACGUGGAGUAAAGUGAAUGAAGGGAUGCUCAAGAUGUACAAGGCAGAAGUCCUCUCCAAGCUACCCAUUGCGCAACACAUCUUCUUCGGGUCAUUACUGAAAUUCCCACCUGUCAAGCCUGGAGAGGAAGAGGAGGAAGAGGAGGGUGGAGCUGCUGGAGUUGACGCUUGUGGGCACUCCCACCCGCAUGGGCCUGCUGCUCCUGGUGGGGGAGAAUUGGUGGGAGAGGGACAGGCAGCAGGAUGGGGCGAUUGCUGUGGCAUUCCCAUCCCAUCGGUAUUCGCAGCGGCAGAAGAGGAGAAGGAAAAGGCACGAAGGGCAAAUGGGGUAUCUGUGGGGGGAGCAGUCAAGCGCGUACCGUUCGACUAGGCAACAAUGGAGAGACAUGGAAGAAGUCAUGCUUUACUGUCGUUUCUUUACUUUGUUAACGUAGCAGGUCUACAAAUACAUACAUACACUACUUAUUAUGACAUCACCUUCAACCGUCGAGCAAC